UAUUACACUCACUUCAACACUUUUCAGUUCAGAUCUCACUCCACUCCCCACCAUUUUCGCUCCUUUCACAUUUCCCAACUUCAGAUCACCAACAAUGCCGACUCGACUCAUCCUCACCCUCUUCUUCUCCUCCCUCCUCCUCCUCUCUCUCUCCUCUUUAACGACCGCCGUCUCGGAUUCCGACGACCUCGACGAAGACCUCAGCUUCCUCGACGCCGACGACGACACCGACACCCACAUCUCCUCCCACCAACCCCACGAUCACGACCACGCCGAUGAAUCCAACGAAGAAGACGACGAAGAUUUCGGCAACUUCGACGAUUUCGACGAGUCACAAUUCGGCGACGACUCUGACCCGUCGGAAUACUCUGUUCCUGAGGUUGAUGACAAAGACGUCGUCGUUUUGAAGGAGAGGAAUUUCACUGAUGUGAUUGAAGGGAAUAAGUUUGUUAUGGUUGAAUUCUACGCGCCUUGGUGUGGACAUUGUCAGUCACUCGCGCCUGAGUAUGCUGCUGCUGCUACUCAGCUUAAAGAGGAGGGUGUUAAAGAUGUUGUUCUUGCUAAAGUUGAUGCUACUGAAGAGAAUGAACUCGCUCAUCAGUUUGAUGUUCAAGGGUUUCCUACUGUUUAUUUCUUUGUUGAUGGGGAGCAUAAGCUUUAUAAUGGUCAGCGUACCAAGGAAGCUAUAGUGACAUGGAUUAAGAAGAAGACAGGGCCUAGUGUACACAACAUUACGACGACAGAAGAAGCAGAAAAGAUUCUAACUUCAAAUGAGAAAGUUGUUUUGGCCUAUCUGGACUCGUUGACGGGUCCUGAAAGUGAUGAGCUUGCUGCUGCUUCAAGAAAUGAAGAUGAUUUGAGCUUUUAUCAAACUGUGAAGCCUAAUGUGGCAAAGCUAUUUGAAAUUGAUGCUGACGCUAAACGACCUGCUUUAGUAUUGCUAAAGAAGGAUGUUGAAAAAUUUAAUCAUUUUGAUGGCAAAUUUGAAAAAUCUGCAAUUUCCGAGUUUGUCUUUGCCAAUAAACUUCCCCUGGUGACAACCUUCACUAGAGAAAGUGCUUCUGUGAUAUUUGAAAGUCAGAUCAAGAAGCAGAUGUUACUGUUUGCCACUUCAAAUGAUUCAGAGACGGUUCUUCCUGUGUUCCGGGAAGCUGCCAAAUCUUUUAAAGGAAAGCUUAUCUUUGUUUACGUUCAACUAGACAAUGAAGAUACUGGCAAGCCUGUUGCUGAAUUUUUUGGUGUUUCAGGAGAUGAACCAAAGGUUAUUGGAUACUCAGGAAAUGACGAUGGCAAGAAAUUCUUUCUUGAUGGAGAAGUAACUUUGGAUAAAUUGAAGGCUUUUGCUCAAGGUUUUGUGGAUGACACACUGAAGCCUUUCUACAAAUCUGAACCAGUCCCUGAAACUAAUGAUGGUGAUGUGAAGAUAGUUGUUGGGAAUAACUUUGACGAGAUAGUUCUGGAUGAGUCAAAGGAUGUUCUGCUUGAGAUCUAUGCUCCUUGGUGUGGUCACUGCCAAUCAUUAGAGCCCAUAUACAAUAAGCUAGCUAGACAUUUGCGAGGAAUUGACUCUAUUGUCGUUGCCAAAAUGGAUGGAACAACGAAUGAGCACCCCAGAGCAAAGUCUGAUGGGUACCCGACAAUCUUAUUCUUUCCAGCUGGGAAUAAAAGCUUUGAUCCUGUCACUGUUGAUACAGAUCGUACUGUUGUGGCAUUUUACAAGUUCUUGAAGAAACAUGCUGCAAUCCCAUUCAAGCUUUCAAAGCCUGCAUCAACCCCAAAGACAGAGGGUUCUGAUUCCAAAGAUAGCGGGAGUACCAAAGAAUUAAAGGACGAGUUAUAAGAGCUUUGGAUAUACGAUUUAAGUUAUAUUGACACAGUAUUCCAGUGGAUAGCAUCAUAGAGAGUAGUUUGAACCCUUGGAGGCAGAUAGUUGAAGGUUAGCUUUAGAAAAACUUUGCAUCCUUCCAAUCCUCCUUGCAGCUCAUCGGUAUAAUAGAUGACAUUUCAUUGGAAUUGUAGUUUAAGACUCAAGUUGCUAGUCCUUUUUUUAUAUUGGUGGGAGUAUUUUUUUGUUUUCAAGUAAAAUACCUAUUUUGAACUUGUUUUAACAUAAUUGGGGGGAAAAAAUAAAAGAGCUUCAGCUAAUGUUAAUGAGGAGUAAGCUUCACUUGAUCUAUAAUAUCAACAACAAAGCAUGUCAA